AUCCACUUUAAAUGAGACCAGAUGGAGGCAGAGGCAAAUUCAGGCUCCCUAGAGGACAGUUGGGCAUUCAUCCAGAGGCCUGGUGAAGGCUGCCGAACUGUCCCCCUGGCUGGACAUGUGGGGUUUGACAGCUUGCCCGACCAGCUGGUGAAUAAGUCAGUCAGCCAGGGUUUCUGCUUCAACAUCCUGUGCGUGGGAGAGACCGGGUUGGGCAAGUCGACCCUCAUGGACACCCUGUUCAACACCAAGUUUGAGGGGGAGCCAGCCACCCACACGCAGCCGGGUGUCCAGCUCCGGUCCAACACCUAUGACCUCCAAGAGAGCAACGUGGGGCUCAAGCUCACAAUUGUGAGCACAGUGGGCUUUGGGGACCAGAUCAACAAGGAAGACAGCUACAAGCCUAUCGUGGAAUUCAUCGACGCCCAGUUCGAGGCCUACCUGCAGGAAGAGCUGAAGAUCCGCAGGGUCCUGCACGCCUACCAUGACUCCCGAAUCCACGCCUGCUUGUACUUCAUCGCCCCCACGGGUCAUUCCCUGAAGUCUCUGGACCUCGUGACGAUGAAGAAGCUGGACAGUAAGGUGAACAUCAUCCCCAUCAUUGCCAAAUCAGAUGCCAUUUCUAAGAGUGAGCUAACGAAGUUCAAAAUCAAAAUCACCAGUGAACUUGUCAGCAACGGGGUUCAGAUCUACCAGUUCCCGACAGAUGACGAGUCCGUGGCAGAGAUCAAUGGAACCAUGAACGCGCACCUGCCGUUUGCCGUCAUCGGUAGCACAGAAGAACUCAAGAUAGGCAACAAGAUGAUGAAGGCACGGCAGUAUCCUUGGGGCACGGUGCAAGUUGAGAACGAGGCCCACUGCGACUUUGUGAAGCUGCGGGAGAUGCUGAUUCGGGUGAACAUGGAGGACCUCCGGGAGCAGACCCACAGCCGGCACUACGAGCUGUACCGCCGCUGCAAGCUGGAGGAGAUGGGCUUCCAGGACACCGACCCCGACAGCAAGCCCUUCAGCUUACAGGAGACGUAUGAGGCCAAAAGGAACGAGUUCCUAGGGGAGCUCCAGAAGAAAGAGGAAGAGAUGAGACAGAUGUUCGUCCAGAGAGUCAAAGAGAAGGAAGCUGAACUUAAAGAGGCGGAGAAAGAGCUGCAUGAGAAGUUUGACCGGCUGAAGAAGCUACACCAGGACGAGAAGAAGAAACUGGAGGAUAAGAAGAAAUCUCUGGACGAUGAAGUGAAUGCCUUCAAACAGAGAAAGACGGCGGCUGAGCUGCUCCAGUCGCAGGGCUCCCAGGCCGGAGGCUCCCAGACGCUGAAAAGGGACAAAGAGAAGAAAAAUUAACUCUGCUGUUUGCUGCAUGCUGCAUGAGACCCAGGGUCCUGCUUUUUUUAAUCUUGUCUCCAGCAGCUGCACUAAGUCUAAAGGAGAAGACUGCCAUUAUAGAAGAGUUAGGGUUCCAUAUUGUCUCAAACCAGAAACCAACCAACCCCCUCUCCCCUCAAACUGCGCGCGCACACACACACUGCACACUCCACAAGUGUUCAUGUGUCCCUGUGUCCAGGCAAGAAGCUCUCUCCUGACUUGGUAUUUUAAAUGGAAAUAUCCUAACAUAACAAGGCAGGAAAAGAACCUUCAGAGCUGGAGAAUGGACCAAAUGUGACCUCAGAGAGACAACUGCAGACGACUCACCCAAGUGUAAGUGACUGGGGCCGGAGACCUCAGCUGUGGGUGUGGAUGUGCUGUUCACAAGUUUUCUGUUUUUCCUCUUUAAAUGCCAAUUCUCCGGUUCGAUGGGUUGACUGUCUAAGGCCACUAUUAAACAUCUUUGAAUACGGAAGAGAAAGCCACGCGACAGUCCUCUCUUCAGCAUUCGCAGACCUUCUGCAGACCUCCCCUCCCAGCAAGGGGGGAAGUGGAUCCACUAACGCUCAGGUGGGGAAGGGAGAGACAGGAGGCGGGUUUAAACUUAGAGCAAAAUGACUUCAUUCAACCCUCCAAGGCCAGUCGGGGUUUUGAGAGAGGGUUCCGUCCAACCCGGGUUCUGCAAGGAGAGCUUUGAUGUUGAGAAAUCUGCCUUGAAUUCAUUGGUUUAACUUGCAUCAAAAUACCAUGUAUGUGAGUGUGCUUAUUCCGGUAUAGCCCUACCACCAUCGCCAUUCCGCUGUCCAGGGUCUCCUGAGAGAGCCUCUUUGCAUGUUUUCCAGAAUCUGUUUGUUUUUCCUUUCUUCUCCUUCGUUCCCUUUUUUUUUUUUUUUUUUUCUCAAGAGUGUGACCAGUCACUGCCCCUCUGGGGCUUUCAUUCGCCAGGAGAAACCUCCCGAAACCAGCACUGUUUAGCUUGGUACCUUUCUAAUGUCCAUGUCAAUUUUCAAUAAAAUUCAAAGAAAUGCUC